AUGUCUACCACUCGUUUCCCAACAACAACUACGUCAUACAUUCAUUUACGUCCUCAAAUAAAUAGAAAAUUAAAUUAUUAUUUUGAUAAUCAUCACAAGAAAAAAUCUCGACCAUAUUUUAAAUUCCAAGCUGGAUCAACAACAACAUUUUCUGGAUAUACAAAUAUUAAUAGUUUACGUGAUAAAAAUGAAAUUUAUCAUCAAAAACAGCAAACCAGAAAAAAUUUUUUUUCAACAAAUAAUUAUAUACCUCCACUUAUGAACAAUGAUACAUUUCGAUAUCCACCACAAAAAAAUCGUCGUACCAUCGCUCAUGCACAACGAUUUCAAAAUCGAAGAUCAGCAAUCAUCUAUGAUAACAAUGAUCAUCAUAAUAUAAAAUCUUCAACAACAAUAAAUAAAUUAAAAUUAAAUGGAUUGAUCUUAUCUGAUUCUAUGUGCAAACAUGUGCGGGCAGAAAAAUUAAGUUCAAAUGAACUACAUGUAAAAUUAUCUUUUGAAUCGGGUUGCACUUGUAAUCGAAUGAGUCAAUUUUUAAAACAACAAACAAAAAUUAAUAAUAAUGAUAUAUUUGAAGCAAAUUUCGUCAUAUAUUCAUUAUGCACAAAUGAUGUCGCAAAUAUUGGUGCAAAUGCUGCUAUAAAACAAUGUCGUGAAUUAAUUAAUCUUACUAGAGAAUUAUUUCCAAAAUUACAAACAAUUGGAUGGAUUGCAUUAUCACCACGUUCCAAACCUUCUCGAUUAUAUGACUCUGAAGAAAUUGGUAAACAUUAUCAUCAUUUUAAUCAAUUACUCGCACAAUUAGGAAAAGAAAUGAAUUUUGACAUUAUCUAUACACAUCUGCAAAUGCAACAUUUACAUAUUGAUGGUUUACAUCCUUCAAUUUCUUCUGGACGAAAUCUAAUUGAAAAUGCAUUGUUAAAUUGGUUUAAAAGAAAGAUUAACAUAUUGACUAAUUCAAAAUUAAAUAAAAUACCAAUACCAAUACAAUAUACAACAACAAUAUAUACAAAUAAAGAUCAUCCAAAAGCAUUAUUAUUAUCAAAUAAACAUAAAGAUGCAAUGAUACCUAGUAAUAAACAACAUAAUAAUAAUAACAAGAAUGUUCAAUAUAAUGAUAAAAAUAAGAAUUACAUUCAAUCAAAUAAAGAAAAACAACAACAAAAUAGAAAAAUCUUCAAUCAUCAUGAUAAUAAUAAUAACAAUAAUGAAAAUAUUAAAAGUGAUGAUAAUAAUACUUAUAAUCAAAUAUCCAAAGAGAAAUUAAUGCACAUACCAAGUAAGACACUCAUACCAUAUUAUCCACAUUUUUUGCGACACAAAGAAGAAUUUUUUCGAAAAAUUAAAGUACCAGAAGAGUUCGAAAAUAAUAAAGAUGAUAUCUUUGUUUUGAGUAAUUUGCAUUAUCAGACUGAAUAUUUUAAAAGUGAAGCCGAUAAAUGGAAGAUCUAUAUGAUAGCAGCAAAGAAGAAAAAUAAAACAAUUCAACAGAUAGAACCUAUGGAGAUAAUUAUAGAAGAAAACAAUAGUUUGCCAAUAGCCAGACCAUCACCAACAGGACUUGUAUGUCCACCAGCACUAUUAGAUUUUACAGAUCUAGCAGAAAUGUUCGAUGAAUGGUUACCAGAACCAACUCCUGGUCAAAAGCGAAAAAUAGGACAUCGACGUGAUGAUCCACCAACACCACCUUCACCACGACAACCACCACCAGUAAUUCCAAGACGAACAUUACCACCAAGAGAUCCAGAACAACCACUAAUAGGAGGAUCACUUCAUCAAUCACCAAAUAUACAGAAUGAACAUAAACAGCAACGUUCCUUCAAUAGUUUGCUACCGAUUGAGAAACGACAUAAUUCACCGAUCAAAAAUCGAUUGACAACAAAUGAUCCAUCAAUGAUAAUAUCACCAAUAGAAAGUUCAACACCAGAACCAAUUAGUUUCCCACCACAAGCAAAUAAUAAAGCACUCAUAAUGAAUAAUGCAGAAACGCGAGUACUCAAUUUAGGACCAAAAUUUGUUCCACCGGCACCACAGCAAGUGUUAGAACGUUUACCUAAAGAAAUAGAGAAUAUGAAAGAAAAAAUAGGAGCACAUUGGAGAAGAGUAACUAAUACUAUAAGACGAGAAGUACCUCUAGUAAAUAAUUUUUGUCAAAAAAUAGAAGAUGUGAUUAAGAAAACUAUAACAACAGAAGCACCACCAGAUCCUACAAUAGAACCAACAAUAAAGUAUUUCCAGAAAAUGCAAAAACAAAAUAAGAUUAUAUUUCGACAAACAGAUAAAUCAAAAGUGUUUCAUGCAGACACUCACGAGAACUAUAUAAAAAAAUCAGCACUUUAUAUGAAUAAAACAAAUGCAUACAUAGAAAUUCCAACAUCACCAUUGAAAGAAAUGAUAGAGACAACAGACAAAUUCCUCCGUCAUCUAGUCUCAAUGAAAAAAAUGCCACAAUCAUUACUAGAAAAACUAAGACCAUCAAUGACUGAAUCAGAAUUACCACACUUAUAUUAUAAUCCUAAAGAUCACAAAAUAGGUGAACCGCUUCGACCUAUAGUAAGCGGGAUAAAAUCACCAUUAUCAAAAAUAGCUAGUUUUCUCGAUAAAAAUAUUCGACCGCUAUUUAAUAAACAUACCCCCUACUCUAUUCCCAAUUCAAUAACACUCCUGAAAUAUUUGAAACAAUAUGAAACAACAUCAGAAACUAAUCUUUACACAUUUGAUAUAACGGAUCUUUAUACAAUGAUCCCACAAAAAGAAGCAGUGUUAGCUGUAUGUGAAUUUUUAGGCAGACAUGGUUAUCAGAAAGUAUAUAAUCUGUCGAUAAACACAAUUAAAGCAUUAUUUGUACACGUACUAGAAAAUUCCUAUUUUGUACUUCAAUUACCAGGUGAACAACCUAAAUAUUAUAAACAAGUUAGAGGAGGAGCCAUGGGCUCGGCAUGUACUCAAGUACUAGCUGACAUAUACGUCAAAAAAUGGGAGAGUUAUCUAGUAAAAGAACAAUAUAAACAAAAAGAAUUAUAUUUUCGAUUCAGAGAUGAUGUGUUUCUGACUACCAAACUACCACCAGAAAAAAUUAAUACUACAUUCGAAGAACUGAAUAGAUCAGAUCCAAACUUAAAAAUACAAUGGGAAGGAGGAAAGACAGUAGAUUAUCUUGACGUCACAAUAACUAUCGAAAUUCCUAAUUUUAGAACAACGCUAUACCGUAAAUUAGCAGCACAACCCUACGUAUUACCUUACCACUCAUCACACCCGAAACAUAUAAUGAGAAAUAUUCCAUAUGUUGCAGCACUACGAGCAACACGAAUUUGUUCACAUCCUAAUGAUCUUCAUGAAGAAUUAGAUAGAAUAAGAGUAACAUUAUUGCUGAAUAAAUAUCCGCCAGCAUUCAUUAAUCAACAAAUACAGAGAUUUUAUAAAGAUCUUACAAAGAUAAAAUCCUCUGAUCUAUUAUUAGGUAAUAACCAUACAGCAUAUCGAGAUAAAGCACUAGAUGAGCAAUGGAACAAAAAAGGAAAAAGAAAAUUAGAUUUUCAAAAUGAUAUACUGUGCCAUUUUUCAUACACGCCGGCAUUGGCACGUUUUGGUACAACUUUCCAUCAAAUAUGGAAAGAAAUUUUUCAAGAAACACCAUUAGAUAACACACGCGUAAUUUAUGCCAAUCGAUUAACUAAUAAUUUGAAACAAUUACUAGUAAAGAAACGACCAAAUAAAAGAAUCUUGAAACUUCAACCGCAAUAG